AUGAGUUCGAUACUGCCGUCUUCAAAUUCAUAUGACGAUUUCAAUACAUGGUCACCUUCAAUUCCAGAAUACUGUUUACAAAAUGAGUUAAGCGAUAAUGAUAUAUUAGCGAUUGAUUUACCUGGUAAUCAAAAGCCAUCACAAAAUAAUAUAGUCUCAAUUCCUUCAACACCACCACCAUCUCCUUCUAAUUUUGCUAAUUAUAUGGAUAAAUACUUACGUCCAGUUCCACAGGAUUGUCCACUACCUGAUUUUAGCGAUGUUGAUAAAUUGGUGGCUUCGUUAUUUGGCGAUAAAGAAUCACCACAAGAUGAUCUUGAUAAAUACUUACGUCCAGUUUCACAGUAUUGCCAAUAUGAUGAUGUCAGCAAUGUUGAUAAAUUGAUGACUGCAGUAUUUCGUGAUAAGAAACGAUUACAAAAUUCGCCGGACUAUCAUAGGAUAUCACAGAAUAGAUUUAUUCCUACUGAAGUCGAUAUGGAAGUUAUGCAGGAGAUCAAUCAAAGCCAGCUAGAAGGUGGAUAUGCUAAUCGUGUACUAAUUUAUGACCAAGGUCAAUCUAUUCAGUGUCCACCUGUAACAAAUGGACUUCGUUUUCAUCAGGGUGGCAUGAAUCCUGGACCUUCGUUCAAUAAUAACCAAGAAUUUAACGCUUUCAUGGGCUAUGAGCCAAGCUACGAACAAAAUUUUCUUGAUAAUUAUGAUUUUGGAACUGCUCAAAUAGCAACGCUUGAUGAUUCGAAUAUGCAGGUGCAGGAUGAAUCUACAUGUGAUUUUGAACUAACAUCGUCUUCAUUAAAAACCGCAAAUCCCAUAGAAAUAUCACAAAAUCCACAACAAUCGGGUUCACAACGUAUAGAUAGAAACGAAUGGUUUAUUGUGUCUAAAGUUGAUGGAAAAAAACGUGCACCUUUAUUGCAUGAAUUUCUUCGACGAUUACUCGAUAAUCAAAAGUAUUCGCAUGUUGCUCAGUAUGUAGAUCGCAAGAAAGGUAUCUUCACAUUUUAUCAACGAGAAGAAGCAGCUAAUUUAUGGCAACAUGUUAAAGCAAGAAAUUCAGAUUCAAAAAUGACAUAUGAUAAAUUAGCACGAGGCAUUAGAUAUUAUUAUUCCGGUGGAAUUAUACGACGAACUGCUGGACGAUUUACUUUUCGAUUUGGAAUUAUAUUGGCAUCUAUUAAACGUAGUCCUAUUGAAAUAGCUGAUGCUAUAAAAAAUUUUAAUUCAAAACUAAAUUCAAUUGAACUUAUACAACAUUUAAUUCAAUAUAUACCUAAUGAAACAGAGAUUGAUGCAUUUAAUCAAUUAUCUAUCGCUAAAGAAAAAUUAUCUCCAGCUGAUCGACUUGUGUAUGAGAUUCUGUUAAUACCAUACUACAAGGAACGAUUAAAUACAAUCAAAUUCAAAUUAAUAUUUGCUGAUAAUUGUAAUUUAUUAAAUGCACAAAUACGAUUGGUCAAUGAAGCUUGUACUUUUUUAUAUCAUUCGUCACAUAUUAAAGAAUUACUUGAAAUAAUACUUUCCGUACUUAAUCAUUUGAAUUCAACUCCAACACAUCGAAUACUUACAUUAGAUGAUUUAUCAAAAGUAUGUGAUUUAAAAACACCUAAAACACGUAUACCAAUUAUGAAUAUUAUUUCUCAAAUUUGUAAUGAUCGUCAUUCAGAUAUAUUUGAUCUCAAACAAAAUUAUAAUUUAAUUUCAACUGCGAGCAAAAUUGAUUUAACUAUAAUUAAAUACGAAAUUGAACAAAUGAAACAACAAUCUGAACAAAUACAAAUAUGGUUAAAUAAAUUCGACGAUAGAAUAGAUAUUGAAGUAAUAUAA